AUGUACAUGAGGAAGGUGUGGAGUAUGGAUGUUCAGUUGGACCAGCAUGUGGGUUCACAUUGCCAACGAGGGGUUAGCAGUAAAAUUCUUCGUGAGCCAGACACAAGCUGCAACAAGAAAGGAAAAGCUGAUUCAAGUGAAAAUUGGAAAAUAAUUAGUUUUGUUGUUGAACUGAUCAACAUUGUUGUAGCAACUUUUUCAACGGGCGCUGACUAUAAAUGUAUACAGUUUAAUAAUGUAGUAGAGUCAGAAAACGACAUACCAUAUGGGUAUGGCUUUUUCCAUUUUGUCUUCGCUAUUAGGUUCCAUGUAUUUUGGCAUGUUGUUUCUCGGCUGGGACACACAUCAUGCAUCAGAAAAUUUGAUAGUUUGCAUCUCACCUCAGGUGGAGUAUGGAUGUCAGUUGGACCAGCAAGUGCCAACAAGGGGCUAGCAGUAAUAUUCUUCGUAGCAAUAGUCCUUUCAAGAAUAUUUGGAACAGGCUAG